UGUUUUCCAAAUUACAAAUAUUCUCAAAAUUCAGAAACCCUAAUUUUUCUUCAUUCAAUUUUUUUAAUUCUGCUUCAGUUUGCUUCAUCUUCUAAAUUUUAUCCCGUUCUUGAAUUAAAGUAGGAGAAUUCUCAGCGGCAGUAGUCUCGUCGUAAGGUGAAAAAUCCAUGGGUGAGUAAUCAUAAAAAGAGAAUUUGAGAAAAUAUUAAAUUUGGGGAUUUAGGGAUUUGAGAUUUGAGAUUUUUUUUUGGAUAGCUAGGUGGUCCACGUCAGCAUAUUGUUUUGCGUAAACAAACGGUCCGUUACAAAGAGGCGCUUAUGUGGGCCACUUUGAAAACAUCAGGCGUGUUUCUUUUCCAAAAAUGUUAUGAUGGGCUUCUUUAUACCUUUUUCAAAAUUGAAAUGAUAACGUGCACAGAAUUUUCUAAGCUAUCAUUUCCAUAUAUAGAUUCCUCAGACACUUUUAAAAACCACCUGAUUAACGGUCAAAUCCACGAAAUGCUACACUCAGGUCCUAACAUCAAUCAAAAAUGGCAGUGACCGGUAAUUCUAAUGUUCUUACUGUCUCAAGAUUGAAGAGAGAAGAUCAUAAGCAUACAAAACACGAUACCCACUUCUCCAAAUGGCAGGUUCUUAUUGGACCUAGUGAUUGGGAAGAUUAUUCCCGAGGUAAAGAGGGAGCUGCAAAAUACAGGGUUCAUAAUCUUCCUACAAGGUCAGAUCCUGGUUUAUAUGAGCUUGGCAUAGCAGUUUCUCGAUCUGAAUCGGUGCGUGGAGUUGGCAAGCUUCACCCAGAUGACAUAGCGGUGGUUUAUCUUGGUCAAGCCGAAAAUGUGAGGAGUAGACUCCAGCGAUAUGGGCGUUCAGGCGCUCAUUUGGGCAAUCGAUAUUUAACUGCUCAAUUGAAUGACUCUAAAGCUGAUUUUGAUCGAAACGGAGUUGGUUUGUUUGAGGAGAUAUUUUUAAGAGGCCACUCCAUUGUGUUUAGAUGGGCUCCUAUGAAAGAUAAGAAGAAUGCUGAGAAAACAGAAGCACAGCUGCUCGAAACAUUCGACUAUGCAUGGAACAAAGGUAGCAAUGGUGUACGUCGUCCAAAUGAUAUCCUUCAGAAACUUAGCAAAACUGCAUCAACUAGUAGCAGACUUUCAAGUAUUUCCAAAAGGUUUCUAUUUAUACAUCCGACUCGAGUGGGGAUCAAAAUAGAAUCAAACAAGUCAUUUCCACCACCAAAACCUAGUGUUCCUCCUGUUGAUAAGGAAAGCAAGAGUUUUCUCUAUGGUAUUUUCAAAUUUAGCAGAUCACAGCCAAGAUUAGUUUCAGAAAAAUGUGGCAAUACCGAUGAGGAGCUCGGUCCAAAAUGUAAAUUCAUAAUGAGUGAUGCUGUGCCUUGUAGAAGGCCACCAGUUAAGGGGAGAAAGAGAUGUGAAGAACACAAAGGAAUGAGAAAUUACGUACCGAAUAAUCGCUCAAAAUCCGUCAUUUCAGAAGGUAAAUCAGAUUAUGAUCAGGAUCUGAACUGUACUACAUGUAGAGUAAAUUUAGGUGAUGGAAAUUUCUGCAAGAAGCAAGCAGUCACAGGAAGAAAAAGAUGUGAAGAACAUAAAGGGAUGAGGAUCAAGGCUAAUAAUUCUUCUUCUUCAAGGGUUGGGACACUGUCAUGUGGAGUUGCAUUACAGAAUGGGUCAGUGUGCAUGAAAUCUCCAGUUCAAGGAAGAAAAAGAUGUGAGCAGCACAAGGGAAUGAGAGUUCCAACUCAUAAUAUACAUUGACCAAUAACAUCAGAAAUUAAAGUCUAAUUUUAAGUUACAAAUUUGUAACAAGGGCCUUAACUUAAUAUGUUUGUGUUAUGAUGAUUAUAUAUUUUAUUGUUCAAGAAUUGUUUGUACUAUGUUGCUCAAUAAAUUAAUUUGGUUUAUUCAGUCA